AGAGGGUGUCUGACUUCCUGGUUGGAUCUGCAUUUUGUUGUCCUGCUGCCCGCAGAGCUUUCUGGAUCUGACGGGAGGAGCGGCAGUUCGACAGCACCUUGUUUCAGGUCACGUUUAGCUGACUGUUAGCGAGGAUAAUUAACACUUCUUUGAAAACGAGACAGCAACGAGAGCGGGAGCCGAGUCGCUGGGGCCGUGGAGGGCAACUGUCCGAAGAUCGGUGAGGUUAGCUGGGAUUGAGCUAACGGACGCAGCGGAGGGGCAGACAGGCGUGUGUGGAUAGUUUGGGGUGUCUGAACUCUACAAGCCUCUAAACUACACGAAGAGUUCAAGAAGCGUCCGUCGAGAAAGGCAAGAGAGUGCGAGUAUGUGGUUGGAGCCACAGGCGCUGUAGGAUGAAGAGCCCGGCGCACCGCACCAGGGACAUUGAGCGCCAAGCUGGCUACCUGAAGCGCGAGCACUGCACCCCUCCUCCACCGCGCACCGGCUCCGACACCAUGUGGUUCAUCCGCGACAGCUGCGGCAUCGUGUGUGGCAUCAUCACCUGGCUCCUGGUCUUCUACGCCGAGUUUGUGGUGGUGUUCGUCAUGCUGCUGCCUGCCAAGAACGUGGCCUAUAGCCUCUUCAACGGGGUGCUGUUCAACGGCCUCGCCUUCCUCGCCCUUGCUUCCCAUGCCAAGGCGAUGUGCACAGACCCGGGUGCUGUGCCUAAAGGAAACGCAACCAAAGAGUUCAUUGAAAGUUUGCAGCUCAAACCAGGACAGGUGGUGUACAAAUGCCCCAAGUGCUGCAGCAUCAAGCCAGACAGAGCUCACCACUGCAGUGUGUGCAAACGCUGCAUCAAAAAGAUGGACCAUCACUGCCCCUGGGUGAAUAACUGUGUCGGAGAAAACAACCAGAAAUACUUUGUCCUCUUCACAAUGUACAUUGCACUAAUAUCCUUCCAUGCGUUAUUCAUGGCGGCCUUCCAUUUCGUUUUCUGCUUUGAAGAAGACUGGGCGAAGUGCAGCAGCUUCUCUCCACCAGCAACUGUCAUCCUCCUCAUCCUCCUCUGCUUUGAAGGUCUCCUCUUUCUGAUCUUCACUGCAGUCAUGUUUGGGACUCAGGUCCACUCCAUCUGCACUGAUGAAACGGGUAUCGAGCAACUGAAGAAGGAGGAGAGGAGAUGGGCCAAAAAGUCUAAAUGGAUGAACAUGAAGGUGGUGUUUGGCCACCCAUUCUCUAUAGCCUGGCUGAGCCCCUUUGCAACACCUGACCAUGGAAAGGCAGAUGUGUAUCAGUAUAUAGUGUGAAAGCUGGAUUCUAAGUGUCUGCGGACAUAGACUGAUCACUCUUGCCUGGAGCACAAACUUCUCGUAACCACUUCUAAAUUUUCUUUCUUCUAGGAACUAUUGAUAUUUCAGGGUGUUUUGUUGUAAAAUGUGUUUUUCCUUUUUAAAUUUUGCCGUUGCCCUUCCCCCGUUUUGGUGCUGACUGAGAUUAACGAGGUGUAGCUGCACGAUACAGCGCUCUUAAGCUACGCAGCAGCAUCUUGACAAGAAGCAUCUAAUGAGACUCUGGCAAAACACAACAAGAGAUUAAGUUUUGCCUUCGCUGGAGUAAAUAUGCCUGCAGUAUCUUCAAUCAUCUCCUACUUCUAAGACUACACAAUGUGAACUCAAGUCCUGAAUGUUUCUACUCAAAGCAGCGCAGCAUGGUUGCCACAAUGAACACCUGGUUUUGUCUUCCUGUAAAAAAUGAUCCUUUUUCCUUCAUUUGCUUUAUUAAUGUAGUCGCGGUAGUCUUUUGCUGAAUGCUGCGGAUGAUUUGCCUUAGAACAGAGCAUUAGUGAGCAGUGGAAUCUGCUUUUUGUAAAGCUAUUUCUAUUUAUUUGCCUUAAUUUGACAGUUCAGGCUCACACUUGUUAAUGCUACUUGUUUCUUUUUGCUGCCAGAGAAAAGUAGGUUUGUCCAUUUCAUUUUUCUUUUUUUUGCAUUACUGCAAUCAAAAGACAAAUGUAACGCCAAACUUUUCUGGCAAGAAAUCACAUUUUGGAAAAGUUUUAAGUGUUUUUCAAGAGGACUCUGAAAAUGGAGAACAGCAAUAACCUCACGGUGGCUUGUUAAAGUUAUAACCCUUAAGAUUUUUGUGCUACUUCAUCAGUUUAUAUUGCACUAAACACUCGCUGAGCCACUACAGAGGAGCAGUGUUUGUAUCUGCCCACAGAGCAUCCAGGUAAAACAAGGUUUCUUUUCAAGUAACCUGAGUCUUGCAGCGCCUAUCUUCUUAUGAUUUUUUUAUUUAAAACCAAUCUAGUGUCACAACAUCUAGAAAAAGUCUGAAUUGUCCCUAUCUUGAUCGGGUCGUGAAGAUUAUCGGCUAGAUCAUAAAAUGCUAAGCCAAAGGCAAUUUGAAGAUUAAACUCUGACAAUCACUUUGCGUUAGCUUCACAAUAGAACUUCCUUUGUGUUUGGCCAGCAGAGCAUGUAAGAAAUGUUGCAUUAGAUGCAUCUUAAACAGCAGGUACAGAUGCUAGCACUGGGACAGUGGGGAUAAAUAAGCACUGACUGAAUUAAGCACUUCAACUUGCUUAUGCUGGCAGUUUAAAUUGUGCAUGAUUAACAAAAAAUUUAUAAUCAGCAGCUCUGCCGUAAAUAUUACCUUAACUUUUCAAGCCUUUUAUUUUUUUAUGACCUUCAUAGAAAUCAUCAAUAUGUGUCUUACAGAGAUGAGAUUUAAAGGAGGAAUAUUGGGAAAUUUAUUUUUUUAAUACUUUUUUUCCCCCUUUCUUUGAACAAGUAAUGAAUGCUGAAUGUUUAAACUAAACAUUCAGAUCACCUUCUAAUAUUGUGAAAGUCCUCCUCGUGCUGCCAAAAAUGCUCAGACCCACUGAGGAAUUAACACAUGACCUUUAAGGUGGAUCUUGUGGCGUCUGGCAGGACAGCAUUUGGGUCCUGUGGGUUUCAGGGUGUGGCCUCCAUGGAUUGGGCUUGUUCCAGUCACACAUGAUUGGAUGCUUGAUCCACUUCUUAUCUGGGGAGCUUGGACUCCAGGUCAAUGCUUUUGUUGUGUUCAUCAAGCUGUUCCUGGAUGGUUUUUACAGAGGGGUCGGACACGUUGGCAUGUUUGUGGAGGCUGUUUUGCUGUAAUAUUUAAGUGGGUGGUACAUGGGAAAGUAACAGCCAUGUGAAUGCCAAUCUUCCCGGGUGCCCAGCAGAUCAUCUCACUUUAAUAAGAUGAGCAAUGCUAAUUACUUAUUCUCUCAGUGAUUUUAAUGUUGUGACUGAUUGGAUUAUAAUUGAAUAGCUGUGUAGAAUUUUAUGGCAGAGCUGUGUUUAAUUACAUUAGACUUCCUAAUAAGGUGGCCAUGUAGAAAAGCAGUUAGAGAACGUAAAUAAACUGGAUGUCAAAAUGUUGUCCAAAAAUGCUAAAAGUGUAAAAACCAAAAGAGUUCGAUUUCCUGAAAAGCUUAAGGGUUAUAACUUUCAAGUCUGAUACUAGGCAGGUAAAAGUGUAAGAUACUUACAGUGACUUCCUGGUCGAAUUUAAAACUGAAGUUAAACCAGCAUCCUUUUGAACUUUUCGUUUCAUUUGCUUUGUAACAAUCACCAGCUGAGACAGAAAGUCAGGGAAUCAAGCAAAACACGUUGCUCUGUGUGUGUUGACACUAAGUGUAUUUUACUUGCUCUCAGUUGAUGGAAUUUGCUUGUUGUCUGGUUUGUCACAGAUUUUCAUUGUAAUUAUGUUUUUUGGGGGCGGGAGCUCAGAGAAAAUGUUCACUCAGGCUGGAAGUGUGUAACUGUCACAACUGUAGAUUUUAAUGGAACACAGGAAAAUCUGAUGCAGAUAAGAAAUGGGCAUCUUCAAAGCAUUUAACACUUAAAUGCCUUUGCCAGAACGUGUUAUUAAAAGCCUUACUCGAGUUGAAAACAAAAAAAACAUGAUUUAGAGGAUGAUGAAAAGAUAUUAUAAAUAUAUGCGUUGCCAAAUUGAAGACUAAAGGAGGGGAGGCAAGGAUGUAACCAUUAAAACAGCUGUCAGAAAUUAGAUUUUCUUAGGUUUUUAAAUGUUUUAACCAUUAUGUGGACAUGGAACAGGUUUACACAUACAGCACACCAGCUUUUUUUUUCUUCCUCUCUAAAAUGUUCUGUGGUCGGUAUGCAAACUUAUUUGUCUUAUUUACUGUGGGCCACGUGAUUUUUAUUUUGUUUUUCUGACCAUUGUAUUUGUUUCAAGGGAUAUGAAAUAAAAUGUAUGACUAUGGAUAUUUUA